AUGAUUAAACAACAGCAACCACAGCAACUUAAGGCACAAAGCACCCAGGUCCCUCAGACCAUUACAUACGCCAUAUAUGCAUAUAAUUCAAAGACGGCAGAACAAACGCAAAGGUUGAAAUAUGGAGAUUUGGAGAUAGUAUUGAAAAAUGACCAUUUCGAAUUCGUUUGCAAGGGUGGUGCAGUGAUAUCAAAUAUAAAAGAAAUUUUAUUUAUGAAUUCAAAAAUUAAAGGUAUAACGGAUGAUAUAACAUCAAUUCCACCAGAAGAACAGAGAUAUUACGCAUUAAAUGCAUUUCCUAAAGUUUUGAAGAUUGGAAGAUUUAAUUUAAAUGAGGAAUUCAUAGAAGGUUUCCUAAAUGACAUAAUGAAGAAGGCAGAUAAGGAAUAUGUGGAUAGUGAGUUAAUGAAGAAGGCAAAUUUGGUUUAUGUUGAUGAAAAAGAUAAUGAAAUUAAAGAAAGGGUUGAAUGGUAUCAUGAAUGGACAUCAAAGAUUUUAAAAACUAAAGCCGAUACAGGAUGGGUUUCAGGAUGUUUAGACCUUAAAGCGGAUAAGGAAUAUGUUAACGAUGAGUUAAAUAAGAAGGCAGAUAAGGAAUAUGUGGAUAGUGAGUUAAAUAAGAAAGCUAAUAUAUCAUUUGUUAAUGAAGAAAUAA